AUGACGACCUUGCACUAUUUGCCCCCGGUGAAGCCCUCCGCAAUUGCGAUGGGUACUAUUUUCACCCACACUGCCUCACUUGGCAUUCUUGCCCCGGUAUUUGGUGACACCUACCACCGCGCGCAAGCCGCAAACUCCAAGGAAGAGUUUGUCAAGUCGAAGGAGGCUGCCGGCGCGGCUGCCGCCUGGGGAAGCUCCUUCGUGGGAAGCACCGUGCAGACAUACGGAGUCGCGGCGCUGAUCAACGCCACGGGCACUCUCAGCUACAAGGGCGCAGCGUAUCUGGGUACCUUGAUAUUCAUGGCCAGUUCGGCCCCGAGUUUUGUCAGCCAAGUCUUUGCAGAGAAGAGGCCUUUGGAUACCGUCGCCGUUGGUGCUGUCUCGCGGGUGUUCGAAACUGUCGGGCUCAGCUUGUUCCUCACUUGGUGGGGGACGCGAACUCACCCAUUCGAUUAA